AUGGCAGCAAAGCAGAUCGCCGACAAGCUCAUUUCCGAGCACCUCAUCGCCGUGUUUAGCAAGUCCUACUGCCCCUACUGCUCGCGCGCAAAGAGCGUCAUCUCGAGCCUCGGCCUCGACUCGUCCAAGGUCGGAAUCAUUGAGCUCGACCAGACAAAGGAGGGCGCCGACAUCCAGGCCUACCUCGCUGACGAGACCAAGCAGAGGACCGUCCCCAACAUCUUUAUCAACGAGAAGCACCUCGGCGGUUGCGAUGACCUCCUCCGCGCCCAGAGCGAAGGCCGCCUCGAGCAGCUCAUCUCGUCGGCCUGA